AUGUAUUCAUUCUUCUUCAUGGGAUUUUUGAAUUCAUUCAAUGUAAAGGACAUGUUUAAAUUUUUCAAGGAGUUUGGUCUGGUGAUGGAAGUCUACAUACCCGCUCAGAAGAGUAAGAGAGGUAAAAGAUACAGAUUUGUUCGGUUCCGAAAGGUUGCAUAUGAGAGAAUCAUAGAGGUGAAGUUGUAUAAUAUUCAUAUUCAAGGAAAGAAGAUAUACGCUAAUACUCCAAGAUUCCAACGUUAG